AUGAGAGAAGUAAAUCAGUCAUACACCUUGGAAUUCAUCCUCCUGGGAGUUAAUGAUCAACGGGAACAGGAAGACUUCUUUAUCUUCUUCCUAUUUACUUACCCCAUCACACUGAUUGGAAACCUGCUCAUCAUCUUGGCCAUCUACUCGGAUAGUCACCUUCACAACCCCAUGUACUUUUUCCUUGCCAACCUCUCAUUGGUUGAUAUCUUCUUCUCAUCUGUAACUGUCCCUAAGAUGCUAACUGGCCACCUCUCAGGAAGCAAAGCUAUCUCCUUUGGAGGAUGCAUGACACAGAUGUAUUUCAUGCUUGCCCUGGGUAACACAGACAGCUAUAUCUUGGCUGUGAUGGCGUAUGACCGAGCUGUGGCCAUCAGCCGCCCACUUCAUUACAUGACGAUUAUGAGUCUGCGAUCUUGUGUCCUGCUAGUUGUUGGGUCUUGGGUGGCUGGAAUUGCCAAUUCCCUCCCCCACACUCUCCUCACUGCUAGUCUGUCCUUUUGUGGCAACAAGGAAGUUGCUAACUUCUACUGUGACAUUGCCUCUUUGCUCAAACUGUCCUGUUCUGAUAUCCGCUUUAAUAUAAAGAUGAUGUAUUUAGGUGCUGGUGUUUUCUCUGUGCCUUUACUAUGCAUCAUUAUCUCCUAUGUCCGAGUCUUUUCCACAGUCUUACGAGUUCCAUCCACCAAGGGUGUGCUCAAAGCCUUCUCCACCUGUGGCUCCCACCUCACAGUAGUUUCUUUGUAUUAUGGGACAGUCAUGGGCAUGUAUUUCCGCCCUCUGACCAAUUACAGCCUGAAGGAUGCAGUGAUAACUGUGAUGUACAUUGCAGUGACCCCAAUGCUAAAUCCUUUCAUCUAUAGUCUGAGAAACCGGGACAUGAAGGCUGCCCUGUGGAAACUCCUAAGCAAGAAAUUCUCCUCAGAAGCAAUGUGA